GGAUAAAGUAAUCAUAAUAUGUCAAAAGAAACUGGAUUGACCGACAUUUUACAAAAAUAUGAUGAAUUUAUCAACUUGAAACUCAAACCCAAUCUCAAAGCAGUACUCGAUUCUAGAGACGAAGUAUUUAACACAAUAUCUGAAUAUCAAAAACUGAAAAGUCAGAUUGAAUUGAUUCAAAAAGGUGAACAUAAGGAACUGAAAACAAUGGUUGAUCUUGGUUCUCAAUUUUAUGUUCAAGCUCAUGUUCCUGAUACCACUUAUAUUUAUGUAAAUGUUGGAUUUGGAUUCCAUGUACAGUUUACUUUGGAUGAAGCCAAAGUAUUUAUUGACAAGAAGGAACAACGAUUACAAAGCUCUGUAGACAAAUAUACUGAAGAAGCGGACAAGAUACGGGCUCAUAUCAAAAUGGUCUUAGAAGCAAUGGCUGAAGCCAUGGAUAGCACCAAGUAGAUAUUCAUCUUUUUUUUUCAUCAUCAUUUUAGAAUUCCAUUACAUAUUAUUCUUAUCAUCAACAUUAUCAUCAUGUACAUAUUAUCUAUUUAUUAAUAUAUUAGAAAAAUAACAAUAAAACCUUCCUUAGUUUAUAAAGAUUGUAUUUAUGAAUUUUACAAAUAAAUUCUUUGA